AUGUCGCUACUUUCGAAGCGCUCGCAGAGUCCGAAUCAAGCCUUAGAUGAGCAAAGUCCCUCCAAAAGAUCAAAACAGGAAGAAAAGGUCGACCUCAUUGGCGGACCAGAUACAAACAAGCCUUUGUUGAUCACAGCCGGAUGGAAGCUUGCAACAGGAUGGAUGGAGGAGUGGUCAAUUGGAGAGCCGAUCCCAGCGGCACUGAUUCCACCCAACUACGUACCUAGUCUUCAGUUUCGCGCGCAGAUCCCAACAACAGUCCCAGAGGGUCUGAUGAAGGAAGCAGUUGAUAACUGGCUUUCGUCAGAGUGCAAGACGCGACCAAAGUUCUCACACUUGCUGUUCUCAGAGUCGCUACAAAUAAACUUGCGGUUUUUAGCGGGAUACCUUGGAUUUAACACAUCGAGAGAAUUCCAUGUCUUUGUGGACUUUGAAGUGCCAAAAACCAUCAAACAGUUCAUACGACUACAGUAUUCACGGAAUGAAUUGUGCAACGCUAAUACCAUGAGCAUACUUCCUCAGGCGUCAGAGUCUCUUGAUGAAAGCGACUCGCAACAAAUAUUGAUAACUAAGGGAUGCCCGGCUGAGCUGGUGACAGAGGGGAGCUCCGUCCGUUUGCAAGACAUCGAUCUAGUGUUGUCGAUUCUCUCUGCCGCGUAUAAACUGAUCAAAGAAAACCCUGGCCGAUUUUGCCAAAGGUAUCCCUCUGAAUCGAACCAAUAUACCUGGGAUAUCCACCAUGAAGACUGGAUGCGGGCCCAUGCGGUGACUGUUUACACGAUAACAAGACAAAUUGAGAUGGCCGAGGCAUUCAAAACGCCGAUACCUGGAGAUGAAAAAUGGCUGUGCAGAAAUGACAAAAAGAAUUUGCUCAGCGAGUAUAACACGACUACUUCAAUGGACUUUAUUCAAGAAUUGGACAUCCUGGAUUGCGAACACGACACGGCUAGGAUGAAUAUGACGUCGCAGCUUGCGGAAACCGAUGUAACAGAUGCAUUAAAUACAGGUCGGCGAUAUCAAUCCGAAAACGCAGACGAACGGCGUCCUAUUACUGAGGAUAAUACGUGCACCUUGGCCGAGUCUAUCACAGAUGCAGUAUGUGCAGCACUUGAUGCCAUCUCCCCUGGAGUGGUUAUGGGCAAUGAGAUAUACUCGCCAGACAUUCCCCUUACCAUGAGGCAGCCUCAGAUUACUAAGAACGAGGUAGAUGCUCUGCAAGUGAUGCUUAAAAGACAAGCGUGUCGGGCACAAUUCCGUGAGCCCAGCCCAACGGCCGAAAGCACAGCAAACACCCAUCCAGACGCUCUGCAAGAAAAAGGCUCCGGGAAGAGUUCUGCUACAAGAUUUCGGGCUCUGGUGAAGAUGAGAGCCCAGCUGGGAGAUAGUCUGCCGCCGAAUCAGGAUCUGGAAAGCAUAUGCAGACACAGGCGUAUCGACAUGAACACUCUGGCUGUCAACCCACAUAACCCAUCAACGGUAGCAAAGGCGCCGCAGAUCCCAGAUGCGAAUCGAUUGGCGGAGCUCUUAGCAGGGCCGUUACGAAACGCCAUGUUGCUCAGCGAAGGGGGCACCGACAAGCCGUUCGUCACGCUAUUGACAUUAAAAUUCUUGAUAGAAGAAAGAGCUCAUCAGUUUAAGAAUGAUGAUCUAAUUGUUGAAGAAGAUGACCGCAUUUUCAAGCCUAGCAUUAUCUUUGUGCCGUCUGCGGUAUUGGACCAUGUCUUGGCAGAAGUGACCCAUUGCUGGUCGGGGGUGGUUGACAUCUGGCUGCUCCAUAAGGCCAGAAACAACUGCAUGGAUCCUGAUCGGAAAGUAAACACAAUUGAGAAAACUGAGGAGCUCCAGAAGCACAUUGACCACUGGGCAACAGAGCAUCACGACCCCGCUACUGGGCGUGUUCUCCUUUUGACAUCAUAUGAAACUUGGCUAGAGUUUACUUCUGUCUCAAAAGCCGACCGACCGUUGACUAAAAAUGAGAAGAUGGAUGAAAAUGAGGCUGUUCAAUGCCAUAGCUCGCUGAACGUUGACCAUAACCACAGCCAAUCUGGAAUUCAGCAAGGUGCCAAAGCGCCUGCGAAUCAGGAACCGCUGGCCCUCAAAAACGCCAUGUGGAAUGUUGUAAUUCUAGACGAAUGCCAGGUUAUCCAAAACAAGGCUACCGCCUACAAUCAGUUGGUAAUGCAGCUUGAUCGAGAUGCUCUUCUUCUCGUGUCGGCCUAUCCACUGGCCGCAAUUCGAGACCUGUACGUCUAUCUCCAAUUAAUGUGGGAUUCAGCAUGGCCGUUCAGUUACUCAUUUGAGCUUGAACCGACUUUGCGCGAGACUCUUCAUGAUUCGGGCACAUAUGGUGCGUUGCUCAGUAUUGGAAAAACCGACAAGGAUAUCCUAUUGAAUGUAGUUACCGGCGGAAACACUGUGACCGAAAGGUUGAACUGGCGACAAAGGCAGAGAUACGACGAGUACCUCGAAUUCGUUCUCGGUGGAUAUGGUCCAGCAUACCUGCUUCAUCCGGAGCUUUUCAAGGGCCCUGGGUUUUCUGCAAGAUAUGUGACGGAUUCCUUAGUGGCCGUGGUUAGAACAAUCCUGGAAAUGGUAUCCGUGAGACGAGGCCUGCUCACACCUAUGAAGCUUCCCAGCGGUGAAGUUACCUGCCUGGGGAAGGACAUUGGUGGUUUGGCCGUCCGAACUGUCGAACUCAUACCAACAGCCUCGGUUUUACAGAAGAUCCAAGAUCAUAUAUUAACGGUAGAGGAUUACCUUCGUGAUGCUAAUGAUCCAGAAGCGAAUACUGAAGGAUGCGCAUUAAACAACACACUCCACUGCAGAUUGUCGAUGAUGUCAACAGAUGUCAAAAAUGUAGCCUUGAUGACUCCCACCAGGAGGCUAUUGAAGAGGCUGUCACGCCUCCAACAAGGUGCGAACCGUCUCAUAUCCGAACGGCCAGCAGAGGACGACGACGAAGUAGAUGUGCUUGAUACCACUGGCGGUCUGCAUUGGCUAUUUUACAAUACGAGAGACUCACAGAGCUAUGGAUUUCCCACGGACAAGAUGAACCAAGUCAGAUAUGCUGUAUGGGACAGUCCGAAAUACUGCCACGUGCUAUUGAGGGCUUUCGAGGCCCAGCAGCUGGGAGAGAAACUACUGGUACUGGCAAAUAAUCCAUGGACGUGUCGGAUUAUGAAUGCACUCCUUGUGGCAUGUGGAAUAAAGAGCUUGCAUUAUUAUGCCACAGUGGCGCACGCAAUAAGUCGCCUUUGGCGUAUCGGGCAAAGGAACGACGUCAGCUGGGAGAUUCUCAUCGCGAGACAUAGCUUUGACUCUUUCAUGGAGACGAAAAUGCUGGAUCGAUACGCUGGUAUAAUCGAAGUUACAGGACGUAUCAAUGAUGCAAUUACUGGUGAAGCGCGAAAAAUUUGCGCUUUUGAGAUUAUGAGGCAGCAGCUCGGACAAGAAUGCUCACGAUACCCCAGAGUGGGAGUUCCAUGGGAUCAAUUGGACGAGGACAAGAUGCGCCAAGAAGGAUACUUUUACUCGGCGCUUGCCGAAUUCUUUUUCAAGAAUCCAACAAAGGCCUAUUUAGUACGCCCGGACAACGUUUGCGAGAUUGCUCGAGCCUGGAAGUUUGGGAUGAAAAUCACGACAGCCAUGGUAGAGCAUCCAAUUCCGUUGAAGGAUGGAGAGGGUUUGGCGAUUCGGAACUUCACAGGCCUAAUGAGACCUUGUGUGAGGAAGCAAGAGAGCCGUGAGGAGAAGAGGCCAAGAUUCCUGCCAUAA